UGGGUUUCUUGCGGAGGGCUUCUUGUGGACUGGCCCCUAUUGUAGAUUUCGGAUCGUCUGCCCGUAUCCAUCUUGGCUCGCAGUAGUUUGAGUUCUUUGUGUUUUUUCGCCAUUCGGGCAGAAUUUUUUUUCUGCAACGGGAGGAGUAAGGUCGACGCAUACAUCGAAGCGCCGGUGGAUGCACAGCGCCGCCGCAGUCGCAGUCGCCGCACAUCCGCCGUCCAUGAACGCGCGUGCAGGUGCGGCGGGGGCGGGCCCCAGCGGGCCUCCGCCGGGAGGACCGGUGUGGCGGUCGUGCCCAGCGCCUCCUGGAGGAGCGCAGCGGAAGAGCGUCUCCUUCGACACGGCUCCGGAGUGCUUCGGCCCCGUCGUCUCGGCAGAGGACCUCGCUCAGGCGCCGCGGGGCGGCCAGGGUGCCGACAGCGACGAGAGGCCGGGCGCUCCCGCCGCGGGCACAGUGCGGCCGGGACCUCCGGCGGUCUGGCAGGACGACGCGCCAGGCAGGGCAGCAUCGGCGGAGCUUGGCGACGCCAGGAUGUCCCCAGGUACGCAGCAGGAGCAGGAGGAGGACGCUGCAUUGGCCGAGAUCGAGGCGUUCGCUGACGAGCAGGCCCGGCGUUUCAUACCUCUGAUGGAGAAGCGGCGCGCGCGUCGGACGGCGACCAUCAGCAUCGGCCGCGCGAAGCGGGCGGACGGCAUCCAGUUCCAAAUGCAGUCCUCCACCCUGUGGCAGCGCAGAGUGGUGACUGUGUGUGGCCUGGGGGCCCUCGGCGGGUGAGUUUUCCCGUAGGGAUGGAUGGGGAAGCGCCUUCCGAGGGUGCCAACUGCCUUACUUCGCCGCUGUGUCCUCGACCAGUGGCAGAGGACAGAGCAGCACGAGCGGGCUUGUAUCCACACCC